AUGUCUUGGGCAGGUCUGACCACCUUAUUCUUGGCUGUUUCUGGUGUCUAUGGAAGUCGAUUGGACAUCAGUAGCUUCCAGGAGUGCAAGAGCAGACAAAAUCUUUCGUCGACAGCGCUCCAGGAUCUUUUGCAAACUGUCCCUGAUGCUGACAGAAUCCGCGAAUCAGUUCGCUACUAUACCAACGGGUCACAUUUACCAGGGCAGGGCCUUCAACAGGCGCUGUGGACUAAGGAGUUGUGGGAUGCAAUUGGCCUCCCUAACACAAGCGUGAAAUCCUAUAGCGCCAAUCUAACAUUUCCCAAGGAGCAUCGAGUAGCGUUGCUUGACACGGCACGCGAGGAAGAUCCAGUCGUGUAUGAAGCACCGUUGAUUGAGGACAAUCCCCCCAAAGCUGGGGAUGGACAGCCGUCCUUUAUUCCGGCCUUCUUCGCAUGUGCUGGGGUUGGAAAUAUCACCGCACAGUACAUAUUCGCAAACUAUGGAACGCAAGAGGAUUACGAUGACCUGGUGCGCGCGAACGUCAACAUCACGGGGAAGAUCGCAGUGGUUAAGUCCACGUAUGAAUCUGCUGUCUUGAAAAAAUAUAAUCUGCCAUAUCACCGCGCAAGACAAGAGGCAGUCGCUAUACAGAUGGGUCUCGCGGGGAUGCUGAUCUACCCAGAUCCUCAAAUGGAUGACGACAUUAUCGUAGAAAAUGGAUAUCAGCCGUUCCCGGAUGGGCCAGCCCGGCCCCCAUCUUUGAUAGAGCGAGGAUCUGUUGGUAAAUGUACAUCUGAUCAGAUUCCUGCUAUACCUAUCUCGUACGCCGAUGCGAUCCCUAUUCUGCGGGCCCUCAAAGGUCAUGGUCCCCUGGCAACAGAUUUCAAUGAUAGAUGGCAAGGAGGCGGGCUCACCUCGCACGGUGUUACGUACAACGUCGGGCCUUCACCGGAGAAUGUAGUCUUGAACGUGAUUAAUAACCCGCAAAAUCAGGCCGGCUCUGUCCAUGAUGUGAUUGGGACCAUCCCGGGAUGCGCCUUUCCAGAUGAGGUGAUUAUUCUUGGAAAUCACCGUGACGCCUGGGGCCCUGGUGCUGGAGAUGGAAACAGUGGGUCUGCGGCGCUGAAUGAAGUGGCACGAAGUCUCGCAACGGCCCUUAAGAAUGGUUGGCAGCCGUUAAGGACAAUUAUCCUCGCUAGUUGGGAGGGAGAGGAGGUAGGCCAGAUUGGGUCGCGCCCAUGGAUGAGUGAAAACAAUUCCCAAAUGAACAGUAGCCUUGCUGCAUAUUUAAAUGUCGUUGUUGCGGGCGCAGGCACCAAGUUUCAUGCUCAAGGGAGUCCGCUGUUGGCGCAGGCGAUGCACAAUGCUACCGGCCAAGUUCAAGCACCUAGCACUGAACAAACAGUGCUAGAGGCUUGGGGGAAUGAGCUCGGUCUGGGUAGUGGCGGAGACUCAAUGGUUUUUCUGGAAUAUGCAUAUUCAGUUGUGGACUUUGGCUUCUCGCGUGGGCCAAAAGAUCCUGUUUUCCCUUACCAUUCACUAUUCGACACGUAUUCCUGGAUGGAACAAUACGGAGAUAUCGGCUUUGCGCACCAUGUGGCGACCACCAAAAUCUGGUUACAGCUGGUGACAUCUCUUGCAAAUGAGGCCAUUCUACCCUACCGCGUCCAGGGGUACGCGUCCGUCUUACAGGACGGCCUCGAAUCACUCAGCUCAAUAGCAAACCUGUCAGCACACCUCGAUCUGACGUCGCUAAAGGCGGUGAUCGAGGAUUUUGCGCCGGCUUCGGCGAAGUUUGACGCAUAUAGCGACUCGCUUGCCGACCAAGUGCAACAGCAGCCUGUUGACGAUAGCCUUCUUGCUCAGGUUCGGUCGGUCAACCACAUAUAUACUAAUUUUGAGCGUCUUCUCGGGGAUCCAGAUCUUCCAGGGGGUGAUGCAAACUACCAUCUUAUCAUUGGCCCUGCCCCGUACUAUUUCCAGACAAAUGCUUUCCCUGGUCUCAGGACUGCCAUUGCUGCUGAAAAUUGGACCUUAGCUGCAACAUAUCGGGAUAAGAUCGUAAACCAGCUCAGCAGAGCUGUCACGUUUCUUGGGUGA